UUUUGAUAAAAAAAACUCUUAUUUUAGUACUUAUCAUAUGCAUUAACAAACACAUAGAAAGAAAAAAUAUAAUUAUCAGUGGAUUCCAAAAAUUUUAACAAACAAUCUGACAGAAAUCUUGGAAUGCUUUCCAGCCUUAUUUUGAUCAUUCCAUAUCUUACUCCGGAAAGCAUUCCAAACUUAUCUUGAUUCGUCUUAUCUUGCUCAUUUUAACAAACGCCCUCUAAGUGGAAGGCUGUAGUUCUGGAAGAAAUGAAAGCUUUAGUUGGUAACAAUACCUAGGAUAUAGUAGAGUUUCCCUUGAAUAAGAGGAUAGUUGAAUGUAAAUGGGUAUUCACAGUGAAAUAUCAUGCAAAUGGGAGUAUUGAUAGAUAUAAAGCUAGAUUAGUGGGCCAAGGUUUCACCCUAACCUAUGGGAUUGACUAUGAAGAGACAUUUGCUCCUAUGACUAAAUUAAAUUCUAUCAAGGUAUUACUCUCUCUUGCUAUCAAUUUAGAGUGGCCUUUACAUCAAUUAGAUAUUAAAAAUGCAUUCCUCAAUGGAGAUCUGAUGAGGAAUCUAUAUGAGAGUUCCUCUUGGUUUUGAGCAAGAAGUGGAAGCUGGAAAAGUUUGUAAGCUUAAGAAGUCUUUAUAUGGGUUGAAGCAGUUGCCAAGAACUUGGUUAAAGAAGUUCAGCAUGACUCAAUCUACUAGGGUAUCAAUAGGGGUAAGCAGACCAUACAUUGUUUACAAAACAUACAACCAAUGGAAAAAUGGCUAUAUUGACUGUAUAUGUGGAUGAUAUUAUAGUAACAAGGGAUGACAUGCAAGAAAUAGAGAGCUUGAAGAAACAGUUGAAGCUGAAUUUGAAGUUAAAGACCUAGGAACAAUGAGACAUUUCCUACGAAUGGAGGUGGCUCGGAGUAAAGAAGGCAUUUUCAUCAUACAAAGAAAAUAUGCACUAGAUCUUUUGAAAGAAGUAGGCAUGCUAAGGUGUAGACUUGUUGGAAUACCUCCAGAAAUGAAUUGGAAAUUUGGAGAAAUCAAUGAUGAUGCACCAGUAGAAAAGGAAAGAUAUCAACGAUUGGUGGGAAAGUUAAUCUACUUAUCUCUUACACGGCUUGAUAUAUUCUAUGUGGUGAGUGUGAUAAGUUAGUAUAUGUAUUCUCCUAUCCAAAGACAUAUGAAUGCUGUUAUUCAUGUCCUAAGAUAUCUAAAAGGGACACCUGGAAAGGGCUGUUAUUUCAGAAAACUGCAGAAAGAGGAAUUGAGGGCUUUGUUGAUGCAUAUUGGGUAGGAUCUAUUAGAGAUAGUUGGUCAACUUUAGGUUAUUGCACCAAAGUAUGGAGAAAUGUGGUUACAUGGAGAAGUAAAAAAUAGUUUGUUGGUGCUUGCAGCAGUGAUGAGGUAGAAUUCCGAGCUAUACCUCAAGGAAUUUGUGAAGUAAUUUGGUUAGAAAGGCUGAUGGAAGACUUACAUAUUCCUUUGACAUAGAAACCAAAGGAGUAUAAUGAUAGCAAAUUAGCAAUUAGUAUUGUCAAUAAUCCAGUUCAGCAUGAUCAAAUGAAGCAUGUGAAAAUAAAUUAAAGUUUCAUCGAGCGGGAAAUUAAAGGAGGAAUUAACCUAUUCUAUAUUCCUAAAAGAAGUCAAGCGGCUGAUUUGUUUACCAAAGUCAAGCAAAGACCUAGUUUCGAAUAUCUUACUGGCAAGUUGGGAAUGAAAAAUAUUUAUUCACCAGCUUGAGGAGGAGUGUUGUAUGAUGAGAUAGGAUGCUCGAGUUUUAAAAGGAGAUAGGAUUGUUGGAGAUAAGAUAAGACUUCAAUAUUGGAAGGAUGAGACAGCCUAGAAGAUCAGAUAAGCUACCAAAUUUAAAGGGAUGAUGCAGCUGGAAGAAGAAGAUAAUUCUGAAUUUUAAAUAUCAACCACUGUUAUUUAUUUUCUAAAGUCUAAAUUUAAAUUUAUUCCUGUUUUUUAGGAGAUAGCAGAGAUAUUUUUCUUGUAUAAAUACCCCCUACUUGGAUUCAAUAAAACUCAAGUAAGCUUUCCAAGUUUUUUAGCUUAUUUCAUAAUCUAAACUGAAACAAUAAAUAACGUAUAAAAUCAAAAUCCUUGCAAUUACAGCCUUUGUAAGUAUGUAUAAAAAAUCCUGCUUUUGGAACAUUAAGAAGAUAAAUUACAUUAAUAAUAUGAGGAUUAACAUUAAGGCUUCAAUUCAGGGGUUCUUUUUUGGUCAAUGCUUCAAGGCUUUAGACGGAAGACAAGACUGAGUGAUAAGAGAUGCAAAAGACUGAAGUCCUAGUACUAAAACAAAGGGUGUGCUUGGUUUAAAGUUAGGGUUGGGUUUGGUUUUUUAGGCCUCUAAAUGGAAACUGAACUGUAGUCUUAGGUUUUGACAAAAUCGAAUCGAACUUGAAGCGAGUUCAAUAAAAAACCAAAUCGAACUGAACUGAAAUUCUCGGUUCGAUUUUGUUUUUUCGGUUUUUGUGGAUCGGAUACACACCCCUAAAAAGGGGGUAUAGCUCCAAUUCUAAGCACACUAGCAAGAAGAAAGGGGCAAGACAGAGAGAAAGGAGAAGAUUUCAUAGAAGUUUGCGUCAAAGCCAGUUGUUGGUGACAGCAAUAGCAAGGGAGGGCUGCUGUAACUGGCUGUUUUUGGCAUUGAAGGGGGUGGCAAUGGUGGUUGUUGGUUGAUGGCAUGGCUCCUGACGGUCAGAAUAGCAUUUGUGGCAAUGAGUUGGAAUGGCUGGAUCAUUGUUGACAAUGAAGGUAGUGGUUGGAGAAGUAGGGAGCACGAACGACAUUGUCUUAAAAGUUUGAAAUUUCAAAAGAUGACACUUCUCCCCUUAAAAAUUGGGUUAUUGCACUUUGACUCUUGCAAAGUUUCAUUUAUUAUGUAUAUGCCCUUCAAAUUUGUUCAAAUUGCACCGACACCUUGUAAUUUACAUGUUAUUAUUAUGCACUUGAUUGUUAGAUUUGUAUAAAUUGCACUAUAUUCUUGAAAUUUAUGCAUUUUGAGGAAUGGUAUAAAGUUUAUGAUUAUUGCAUUAAAAUCUAGCUUUAAUGCUUAUUCAUGCAUAUAUGGCCCAUCAUUGUCAUUAUAAGUUAGUAGAUAGAGUGAAGGGGUACAUUGUUAUCAAUGGGUGCUUGGUGUUUCAUUCCAAACCAAAAGGUGUAGGUUCAUUUGUAAACAAUAAACAGUGAUUGCCACCUUAUUCUUGUCAUAAGGGUGUAGGAAGUUUAUUAUAUUCAUAUGCUUGAUCAUGCCAUGCACAAAAACCAUUUUAGGAAUAUCAUCAAAUGGUUCAUCACUUACAUCCAACAUAUUCAAACGUGCCAAGUGAUCCGAGCAUUUCAAAAGGACAUGAAAAUAUAAUUGAUUAGAAGACGAUUUUCCUAUUUAUGUUUUGCUUCUUAGAAUAUUUUUCUCUUUUGUAAUGUUUAGUUUCCUUGUUUGUUCAAACUUGGUGCAUGGGAUAUAAUAAAUUCAAGUUUAUUUCUUAAUAGGAUGUUUUAUUCUCUGUAAUUGCAUCCCGAUUAAGUUCAAAUUAGACUACGUUUUGUGCAAAACUCUUAUUAGUCCCCUUAAUUAAUGUUAAGGGGCUAAAAGGGAAAUUCAUGGAAAUUUGUUGGUGCAAGUGUAAUUAAAAAAAAAAAUCCUAAAUUUCCAUGGUAAUAACGCAUCGGAAGAGUAGGGCAUUAGAAGCUCAAUUGCGAGGGCCAAAAAGUGCCCAAAACAACACAUUUUAACUUCCCUCACAACCCUACUCUCUUUCAUCUCCCAAAUCAAAUGUCUGCAUUCGCUCCGUUGGGCGGUGACUUGCCCCACCACCCUGAGAACUCGCACGAACCCAACUACAACACCGUCAAUGCCAACGUUUUCCCACCAGAUCCUCUCUUACAACCUGGGUCUUAUAUCGAGACUCCACCAUAUCUGAUCCCGGAACAACCUUUUCGAAGAAGAGAAUUGAUCAUCAAUGAACGAAAUAUUCAUGGACCAUUGAUGGACGGUGUCUUGAACUCUGUGGAUGGGCUGACUGAGUCUGCUGUGGUGGAGUCUACGCCGUCAAGUCGGAGGAGAUCACGGGCAGGGAAGGGAUUGGCAGGGGCACCGAGUUGGUUGCCAGAUGGUUGGCAGGUGUUAACAAAGGUUCGAGCGAAUGGUGCCACUGCUGGAUUGACUGAUAAGUACUAUGUUGAUCCGCUUUCAGGCUUUAGGUUCAGGUCAAAGAAAGAGGUGGAAUACUAUCUCCAAACAGGGACUAAGCGAAAAAAGGCAUCUGUAACUGAUUCUGAUGGCAACCCCGUCGACAAUCAAGGACCUCGCAAGCUGAAGAAGUCUCCCAGCACAAAGAAGGAGAGUUCCGUGGCCCUGAAUUUUGAUUUUCUCAAUGUGCCACAGGGGGCAACUUGGGUACUUACAGAUGCUGCUCGGGAUCAAUGGGUACCGUCACUCGAAAACAAAAUGGUACCUAAAUCAACUAGGCUAGAGUGGGAGGCUGCAUUUGGCCACUCUUUGAAGUAGGAACUGUUCUGGGAGCAUGCAAUGGCUUGAUGUCAGAUUUUGAAGCAUUGACUUUUACUGUCUUGACUCUGGAGGCUUUCUUUUCCCCUAAAGCUCUUUAAUUUGGCUUGAUAUUAUCUCAUCAUCUGAAAGCGAACUCUAGGUGAACAGUAUUUUCUCUUUUGGGAGGUUUGCUUAUAGAAUAAUACCUUUUUCUCAUUUUAAGACUAAAUUUAGGCAUAGCUUGUUUGCCUUAGAUUGGGAUGUUUGCUAUAAUGGACUAGUGUUUGACAUUUUA